AGACAUGUCUUUUCAGCCGAUCUGUGGCCUCUGCCUCAGCGACUGCGACCGGCGAGGCAGCGUUACCUCAUGCUCACACUUCCUGUGCUCGCGGUGCCUGUCUCGCCUGCCCACGGCGGCACCGUGUCCGCUGUGCCGGCGGCCCUGUCGGACGAUGGUGCUCGACCAACCCGAGGUGCAGCCGCUGCUGCAGAGCGGCACCGCGUCGCUGGAGCAGGCGUCUCGCGUGGUCGGCACGCAGCUGCGCCACUAUCAGCAGAUCAACCGCCGCAUGCGGCAGGCGCUGGAGAUGCUGCACGGCCAAUUCCAGGCACUUCGCCGUCAGCGCGACCAGGAAGUGGCGGAGCGCACGGUCGAGGCGCGGAAGAUGCGCGCGCUGGAGGGCGAGUGCCAGCGACUGCGGGCGCAUCUGACGCGUGCGGCAUCGCCGGAGAAGCUGCGGCCGUCGCACCCGUCUCGAUCGCCUUCGGUCGCCUCCUCUGCCCACUCGCACGGCCAUCGGCACGGCGCACCGCAUCGCGCCUACGCCGGCACGCCUCCGCUGUCCUCCUCGUCACCCAGUGCGUUGGUGCACGCUGCGGGGGGAGUACCGCGUGGCAGUCAUGGACAUGCGAUGGAGGGAGCCACGGCAACGAACACUUCUGGGCUCGCAGCUGCUGCCGCCGCACCGCCGCCUGCUCCGCUGGGGUGGUCCGCCAGCUCCAACAUUGCGAAGCGCCAACACGUCGAUCCGAGCGACUCGAUGGUGCUGUCGUCGCGUGGUGGCGGUGAUCGCGAUCGCAGAGCAGCCGAUGCAGCACCGACACUGCAGCCGUCCUCCUUUGACAGAAACACGUCUUCUACAACGUCCAACAGUUAUAACAUCAUGUUUACCCCACGCUCGCAGGCAAUCGCCUCGCUCCACCCGCCGCUGUCGUCGCGGGGCGCGGGCGGCAGGCUUCCAGAAGACAGCACCGUGCCGCCCUUGAACGACUUCCGCCUCAACACCCCGCUUGCCGCCGCUCUGCAGCAGCGACACACCCUCUCGUCUCCUUCCCCCGCCAGUGCCACACCGGUUCUGAUGAAACCUUCGUCGAGGCCGCUGCAGAAGUUGUUUGCCUUGCGUGGAGCGGCACCGUAG